AUGGAGGAGUUUCUCCGCAGCUGGAGACAGGAUGCCCUGAAUAAAGGGCAGUACGACUCGGCGAUAUAUAUUGGGGAUAAAGUGCUUGCUCUGACAAACAGCGAUAACGACGCAUACUGGCUUGCUCAAGUGCACUUUUCGAACAACAACUACACUCGAGCGUUAGCGCUGCUAUCUACGAAGGAUCUCAUUGCUCGAAACUCGUCCUGUCGGUACCUUGCUGCUCAUUGCUACAUUAAGCAAAAUAAAUUCGAUCUUGCGCUCUCCAUUCUAGGCGAACAUAACCCUACCCACCUGAUCCAUAGCGCGAGCAACAGUCGCCGUAAAAAGCCACACCUGAACGGGAAUUCCCAUGUUACCCUUCGAAACGGUCGUUCCAUCCCAUCCCGAGCAGACAAAGCGGAUCGUGGCGAGACGGAUGCGUAUCAAGAUGUGAAUCACAUAAAGUACGAGGCGGCGAUGUGCUAUCUACGGGGCUGCUGUUAUGCAAACCAAAAUGCCUUCGACCGUGCGAGGGAUUGUUACAAGGACGCCGUCCGGAUCGACGUACAGUGUUUCGAAGCGUUUGAUCGGCUUAUGAAAAAUUCCCUGAUGUCCCCUGCUGAAGAACUCGAGUUUCUUGAAUCACUCGACUUUGACUCCAUAACGCCGUCUUCAGAUAUUUCAUUAUCACAAGAAGCGUCUGAAUUCACGAAACUUUUAUAUACGACUCGGUUAUCCAAAUACUCAUCCACUUCCGCAUUGUCUCAUGCCACAGAGACUCUAUCCACCCAUUAUAAUCUUGCGGAUAACUCCGAUCUCCUCCUCUCUCGCGCAGAAACACUUUAUACACAAUGUCGGUUUCCGGAAGCGCUAUCAUUAACUUCAUCGAUCCUCUCUGCCUCGGAUUCGAUGUCCGCUUUAGUUUCCCAAGGGAGUCAAAGCCAAAAUCUUGGCCACUCUCCAUCUGUCUACCCUCUCCACCUUGCCUGUCUUUACGAAACAGGAGCUACAAACGCGCUUUUCCUACUCGCGCAUACCCUAUCAGAUAAUGUUCCUGAGGAAUCUUACACAUACCUUGCCAUUGGCGUCUAUUAUCUCUCAGUUUCAAAAAUUGCGGAAGCAAGGCGAUUUUUCUCCAAGUCCUCCCUGCUUGACCCUCAUUCAGCCCCAGCUUGGAUUGGCUUUGCCCAUACAUUUGCUGCGGAAGGUGAACAUGAUCAGGCUAUUGCAGCCUAUAGCACCGCAGCCAGGUUAUUCCAAGGAAGCCAUCUACCACAGCUUUUCUUGGGAAUGCAGCAUCUUGCUUUGAACAACAUGGCCCUGGCCCAUGAGUAUCUUUCUGCAGCUUACUCUAUGUCCUCGGGAUCUCUUUCCGCUGGCAGUACCCACUCCUCAAGUGUUAACUCCAAUGGAACACUAUCUAAAUCUACUCCCGUGGGAGGCGACCCGUUGGUCCUCAAUGAACUUGGGGUAGUCCUGUACCAUGAGGCCAAUUUAGAAGACGCUAUCGAUCUAUUCCGCCAAGCACUAGCGCUGGCUGUUUCCCUCGAAUGUGAUCCCAGCGCGUGGCUGGCUACUCGCGCAAAUUUGGGUCAUGCACUACGUCGUCUAGGCAAACUCGAGGAGGCGCUGUCUGAGUUUGAUGAAUGUCUUAGAAUCGGCGCUGGCGGCUCAACAACUAUUUACACAGGCUACACUGGCAGGGCUGGGGCAGGGGCAGUAAGAUCUGCCGGUGCUUCUGCAGUAGGUGGUUAUGAGGACAGGGGUCUGGUUGGAUCGUUCCACACAGCUCGUGGUAUAAUUUUACUGGAGCUGGAUAGAACUACUGAAGCUGUUACAGCCUUGCAUGAAGCGGUGCGGGUAUUAGGCACCACCGGCGGUGACGCAGCAGCAGGUGCCGGCGUUGCAGGCACUCUACUUUCCAAGGCCCUCGAGAUUUGGGCUGUGGAGGAAGAGAGCAGAGAGAAGCCAUUCCAUGACGCAGCCAGGUCACGGAAAGGGAAAGCCCCUGUCGAUAGUACAAGCAGUGAAAGAUCGAGGCACAGGCCCUCGGAACAAGCAUCAUCCUCUAGGUCAAAGGGGUCAAAAAAAUCAGUACCAGUGGAGGAAUGGACAGAUGAUGUCGCUGAUCGCCCAUCUUCCAGCGGCAUGGACAGCCAGAGCAUAGGCAUGGAGCUUGACGGUGAGGCUGAUGGCUUGCUUCAACAUGCCCUUGCCAAAGUUAGGCCCCGGCAGCCUGUUGCCAACGGUCUAGGGCUUGGGAUUGCUCAUGAUGCAUUGUCUCGCUCCGAUAUACCAGAACCUAGCCGUUCCCGGUCAACAAGGACGACUCGACGUCGGAGCCCUACCCGACGCGGCCCUGGUGGAUGA